UCCGCCCGCAGCAGUCUCCUUCCCGGCGAGGUUUCACUACAGAGAUGGCUGCGAAAGUGUGCAGUUCAGUACUCCUGUUGUCCCGGAGCAGCGGAGCGGUGGCCGGCAGCCUCCCCGCACUUGUUGUCUCUUCACAGCGACAUCAUCAGCACAUAAGACCGCAGGAGGUACUGUCUGCUACUUUCACCCGUCAGGCUGUCAGGAGAGCACAUGGCCUGCGGUCAUCAGCCCACUCCACACUCUUCGCCCAGCCUCCCACUGCCCUGUCUCCACAGGUUUGGAGGGGCGCCCCCUCAUGGCAUGGCCAGAGACUGUUGUGUUCCUCCGCUGCUCCAGAAGAGGUGACAGUGGUGUAUCAGAACGGACUGCCGGUGAUCUCAGUCAGUUUGCCGUCCAGGCGAGAGCGCUGUCAGUUCACCCUCAAGCCUCUCAGUGACUGUGUGGGAGUUUUCCUGCAACAGCUCCAGGCAGAGGACAGAGGCAUCGACCGGGUAGCCAUCUACUCCACGGAUGGAGCGAGGGUCGCCUCCUCCACAGGCAUCGACAUCCUGCUGCUGGAUGAUUUCAAUCUCGUCAUUAACGACACCACACAUCUCGUGCGGCCACCGAGGAGAGAGCUGCUGCCCCACGAGGAGGCAGAGAGGCUGAAUGACGUCAAGUUUCUGGUGCAGCAGCUGUACACCACCCUGCGCAUCGAGGAGCACCAACUCGGCAAAGAACGUGAGCUGAUUGGACGACUGGAGGACCUCAACUCUCAACUCCGCCCCCUGGAGAAGGUGAGGGAGGAGUUGAGUAAGAAGGCAGAGCGGCGUACCACCUGGGUGCUGUGGGGCGGCAUGGCGUACAUGGCCACCCAAUUUGGCAUCCUGGCCAGGCUCACCUGGUGGGAGUACUCCUGGGAUAUCAUGGAACCCGUCACCUACUUUAUCACUUAUGGCACAGCCAUGGCCAUGUACGCCUACUUUGUGCUAACACGCCAGGAGUAUGUUUACCCCGACGCUAGGGACAGACAGUAUCUGCUGUUCUUCCACAAGGGGGUGAAAAGGACACGCUUCGACAUUGAGAAAUACAACAAGCUGAAGGAUGAUAUCGCUGAGGUGGAGUUGGAUCUGAAGCGUCUUCGGGACCCGCUGCAGCUCCAGCUCCCAGUUCAGCAGCUCACCGCCAGUAAAAAUUGAUGGGAAGAGCAACUCCCUCCUCUCUCAGCUCCUGCAACCCCCGCUUCCUCUCUUCCUUCCUGACGUCCAACACCCUUUACCCUUCCCUUUUACCCCCAACUAUUUCCUCAGACUCCUCCUUUCCCCAUCCCUCCCACACCCAAUAAUCCCAUCCCCUUUCUUGACUGUGGGAGUUAGUUUUUUCUCCUUUGUUUUUUCUUUUUCUUUUUUCUUUUUUCUUUUUACUUUCCUGACUGAAAACUCCAGUUGGAAUUGCAAGUGAAAAAUUGAAGAAGGAUGGUGAGAAUACCGGGGACUGAAAAACACUCACAGCCGAAGGAUGGUGAGGAUGAUGAAAAGGACAAUGAUGAUGAUGAUGAUGGGAUGAAACUGGGCACUAUGGAUAUGCCUCAAGUCUCCGGAGGGACAGCCUGCAAGGAACUCCGGGGGGCGAACAGGAAUUAUCACACCUCUAGACACUCCAGAACAGAGGACAUGCAGAGGGGCAGUCAUUGCUGAGUGUGUGCAUCUGUGUGUGCGUGUGCUUGUGUGUGCGUGUGUGCGUGUGUGUGUGUGUGUGCGCACAUGUGUGCGUGCGUGUGUGCGCGUGUGUGUGCGUGUGUGGGACUUUCAGGGCACUCUGGGACUCUGACCCUGGCCACUCUGCGGGUCGACAGAGCAGUGCAGUCCUGCUCCCUCUAGCAGUCAAACUGUCGACACGCACACCUACUCUUGGUUGGGGGGCAGGCUCCAGGGAGAGCCUCUAUCCCACACGUUAAAGUUUACAAGGAAGUCCGAACUGCAGUCGCACCAUCAGCGGGGACGGUCGUCUUCCUGUGGCUGAACUCUGCUGCCUCCCCCUCCCUGGGCCACGCCUUCUCCAGGUAACAGACAGCUGUCCCUCCCAGCGUGACCUUUGUCAGGAGCCCGUCUCCACUCGCAGGAUAUAGGCAUGACGACGCCUCGUUUCCUCUUCCUGUUGACGUCCUGUAGCGGCCCGGUCCGUCUGUGCAAGUCUGAGAGUACUACCGACAACAACAUCACUGUGUGUUCUUUUAUUCCAAAAAAAAUAUUUUGGCACUUUUUAUUUUGAAAGCCAUAGUAUAUUUGUUAUGAAAAGAAUAUAAAUAUAUAUAUGUAUACAAUCAAAUAAACAGAUGACCAGAGGCUAGUUUUAUUCAGUGGGGGGAGGAACUCUCUUACAACGUCAUUUCAUCAGAAACUCAUUUACGUCCUCCGAAGAUCUCUUGAAAUGAAAGACCCCCAGCUAGCAGUCCGACGCCCACUCUGUCACAUACGCACACACACAAAGAGCAUUAUUCUGUAUGCAUUUAGUAACUUGGAAGUACGGCUCCUGCGCAUGGCCACCAAAUGGGGAGGGGGGGGACAAUGUUGAAGCCAAAUCAGGGUGAAAAUUGAUUGUUUUUUGUCCAACGCAGAAUAUGUAUGUGGAUAAUGCCAUGCUCGGCCUCUAUAAUCAUCCCAUGAAUACAAAGAUUGCUGCUGAAAUGCUUAACAUAAUGAAGGGGUUCAGAUCUUUAAUUAUCUUGGCCUCGGACAAACCCACAGGCAUGUUACAGCUUUUAAAAUGAAGGUCGCAGUAUGCAGGAGAAGCAGAGUUUGAGUGAACUACCUGCAGUUCAGUAUCUCUUCUUCCCAAUAUCUCGUGGGUUUUAUUUUCCUUUUCCAAUUGAGAGUUCAGUCCAUGGUGUGAAGCGUCCAGAUUUUCAAUGACCUGGCGUCUAGCUGAGCAGCAUGUGAUGUGCAUUUCAACAUCUGAAUUUUUUUAGAAUUGUCCCCAUGAAGCUUUCAGACAAAACAGCAAAAGGUUUACAUUUUUAAAAAAGCGUCAUGGCAUUGAUUCACAGAGGCUUUUUUCACCCUGAAACAAAGCCAGAGUUUUCUCCUCCCACUGUUGCUGUAAUGCCCCCCUGCUCCCGCGAUGGCAAGGCAGGGUAGACUGCAUGCUGUGGUAUGCCCUCAGUAGAAAUUUGUGAAUGUGUAGGAGCAUUAUUGCAACUUUGUACUUAACUGGACACUUUUCUUUGCCGCAUCUAGCUGAAGUCUCAUCCCACCCUGAAGGUUAUAGAAGCCAUAUCUUUUGGUUGUCCAUUUUUUUUGGGAUGGUCACUGAAUAAAUCUUUGUCAGCAUCACUUAGUUUUCUGUUCAGGGUGAGAAUUGGUGGCCCUCUCUCCAGCCCAAAUUAUAUCUAAAAUAAAAUAAAAGAAAGAUCUCAAAGCCAGUUAUUGUCACUCUGAACUGCUGUAGAUCACCUCUGCAGAGGGGAAGCACAACGACAUGACGUCCCUGCACGUAGACUCCAGUUCAAGAUCAUCUCCCGCUCGUGUGUCUCGUGUGGACGGUUAGCUGAAUCCUGGAGAGAUCCUUGCGUCUGACUGCAGAUCUUCUGUUAAAAUGCAUGAUUUUAGGUCCAAUCAAAAGUUAGCCUUGCAGAUCUCAAGGCAGGAUUCAGCCUAAUCUGUUGCUCUGUGUGUGUAUGUGUGUGUGUGCGUGUCUUUGCGCGCGGGUUCAUGCAUGCAUACGUUUUAUCUCCAAGGGAAACGGUGCCUUUUGGAUGAUUGAUGAUGUUAAUGGUAUAGACAAUGUAGCAAUUUGAUGAACAGAAAUGAUCCGAUCAUUGAGACGGUUAACCUCUUAUUUGGAAUGCCACCCUCAUAUAAAGCGGAAGUGGAAAUCAAUGUUGCUGUGAGUCUGUGAACAUGAGUGUCUUUUGAAUCCACAUGCUGACAUAUGCAGGUGCACUGAGGGCAAAGUUCAGAUCACCAUAUUCAUGAGUCCUUUGCCCCUAAUCACCACCUUGUCAAUAGUGGUAAAAAAAAAGAAGAAAAAACAAUUCCACCCACAUCGCACUUCAUCACAGUCAUUAGCUUUAAACUUGUUUUUCCAAAACAGGCCACCUUACACACACACACACACACACACACACGCAGUGACGACGGUGUUUCCUUGGAGAUGUUCUGUGGGAGGUGAGAGAGUUGAGGCCUCUGUCUGCAGUCCAGUCCUCCCCUCUGCUGUUUCCACCCUUUUCGCCAUCAUCACCUCCUCUUUUUUAUCAUGCCAUCCACCGUUUAUUGCCUUUUUUUCCUCCUUUAUUUUUUAAAAACAAAAUAUAUCAAAUAUAGGGAAACUUUAUUAUAAAGAGGGUGUUGCAUGAAUGUAUGUUUACAUGAGAAAUUAUGUGAAAAUAAAAAAAAGACGAUUUAUCAAAAAAAAAACUGCAAAGAUAAUUUAAGAACGUUGUUUGUAGAGAUUCCUAGUUAUAAAGGGGCAGUGGACAGGGCUGCGUCUUUAGAAUCUGCCCUGCCAAAUCUGACAUAAAUCCCAGCCAACCAACUGCUCAAACCCCAACAGACCCCACUGUCAUCUUCACCUUAUUUACUCCCACAAACUCCCUCCUCAGCGUGCAUCUAUACUCCCCAGUAAAUGGAAAACCACCCUCCAUCCUCGGUGCACCUAUAGAGGAGGAGACCUCUUGACCUCAGUUUCUAACGUCCUGGAUUUGAGUCCAAAGGAAGAGUGUCAGGCGCACUCUGUUCACAUAUCGGGGAACGCCUCCCAUUCUCGUCCCUCUCUCCGGUCAUUUUUUCACCCACUCUCAGCCUUUUUUCUCCAAAGUCACAUUAUUCUUCUAUGUUUUCAAUGUAUUAUGUUUUGAAUACCUUGUUUGUGUGCAUUUACAAUAAGAUGUGUUUAAAAUGCCUAAAGAGUGAAGCAGAACAUCGGAUUGAAAUGAUCUUGUACUCCAUUCUGACUUCUUAUUUUGUUAAGUUUUUCUUGUCUUUCUUUCUUCUGUUGACAUAUGAUGCUGUAAUGUUGGCAAAAAAGAAAAAUGUAAAAUCCUGUAUCAUUUAUGAAAUAUGUAUAAAAGAGCUAUGUAAUUCAAUUAUCAAUAAAAUCCUUAUCCAGUUUUUGGA